ACAAAAAAUAAUGUAACUAAUUAAAAAAAAAUAUAAAAUGGAACAGAAUACAACAAAGAAACAUCGUGACUUUGUCAGCGAGCCUAUCGGAGAUAAACAUGUGUCAGAAUUAUCUGGAAUUGGGAAAGUUCUUGGGGAACGGAUGGAAAAAGGGGGCUUUAAAAAGGCUUCUACAGUUCUUGGAUACUACUUGGUUGUACGCGAAGAUCACGAAGAGUUUCAAAAGUGGAUGAAAGAAAAGUGGGGCGCAAACUCUAAACAGUCGACAGACUGUUAUAAUUGUCUGAAAGAUUGGACUGCAACUCAUAUUUCAGCCUAAAAUAUAAGCAAAUAUAGUGUACAUUAUUCAACUA